GCACAUUUGCACCUGAGCCCAGCCCAACCCACCUUGCUCAAAUAUGCAAAGCUGCUAUGGAAAGCAGACACUGCAUGCUCCAGCCGUCAGCUGGAAGCCUGUGCCAGUCUACCUGCCGCAGGUGAAAGUCACCUUGCCCCCAAACGCCUCGGGGAGCUCAGAGAGAGAGGCCUGCUUCGCCUUGAGCUUGUCCCAGCUUGGCAAUCAUUAAUCAGAUUCUUCACAUUCCUGACUGCUGGCCUGUUAUGGAAGAAUGACCAACGGGGCUCGAGUCAGCCGGGACUGGCUGCCAGACAUGCAGCUCGCUGGGAAGCUGGCACUUUCCGCCGCGGCUCUGCUCCUACUGACUCUGGCUUAUAGAUUCUAUAAGUCCCGACCAGCCAGCAGCGGGAUCAGAAACGCUGAGCAUGUGACGGAGCAGAGAGAAAAGGCUGGAUCCGGAAGGGGAGGCGCAGAAGAAACACCACGGGGACUCAGGUGCAGGCAAGUCAACAGCAAUGGGGUGAGGCCAAGCACCAGCAAAGGGAAUCAAAGUGCGCACCUGGGUGGGACGGUGGCGGCGGGCCCGCGGGGCCCACAAAGCACACCGCCCAGGGAAGAUCAAAGGCUGCCAAAGGGGGAGGAGGAGGAGAAAAAGGGAAAAAAGGCUUGUCAGCUGGUCGCCGAAUCACAGCCAGACAAAAAGCAGCCUGUUUCUGAGGGACAGGGGCAGAGUCCAGGUGUGGUCCCGAACGUGGCGACAGCAGACGGUGCAGAGCAGGAGGCGCCGGUGGCGGGAACAGAAGCCGGGGGUAAGCGUAACGUUUGCAGUCUGACACGCAAACCGGACAGCUCUGUCGAUGACAGCAGGGGGGGCAGCUGGGACGUAGCCUCGCAGCAGUCUGGGUGUAGCGUCAGCCUCAGGCACAAUCCUUGCAGCACCCAAGCAGGAAAUGCUGCUGAGCUCACAGCAGCUGACAGAUCCACCCCGGACACUGAGGAGGAGGAAGCGGGAGACAUGAGUGAGAGUUUGGCCUGGAACCAGGAGGCCUCGGCUGGCCAGGAGAGGAUUCAGACCCUCAAUGCUACAUCGGACAUGGGCUUAGCCAUCAACCAAAGCGAUCAGAGGUCUGAUGCCUCCUACACUUUCUCCUCCGUUGCAAAGAUACAGGUGGAGGAAAACUAUAUUAAAGAGUCCACAUCCUCCGUUACUAGCCUGCGAGGCAAGGUCUAUGACUACUACGUCCAGUCCACCUCGCAGUCUGUGUCGAAGGAGCGGCCCUGCUCGUACACCGACUCACUCUACGACCCAGACAAAAUCCACGAAGAGCUAAGUGAACGUGAGACUUGGCUGCGCCUGUCUACGCCCCAAGAACCAGCCAGUGAGUCGGCAGUGGGAGAUGAAGACCGAUCUUCACCAACAGCAAACAUCCCACCCCUCUCUCCCAGUCUCCUGCCUUUCAGACAUCCCGCAGAGAGCGUGGAGCCUGCAGACUGCGGUGAUGCAUCUGAUCCGGCCAGCUCCUUCUCACCCGCCCACAAGACAGCUGAACCGGAACGCAGGUUUGGCAGGAAAGAGAGUUUCCAUCAAAUUGCAGAUAACCCCGAACUUCAGGUGCAGAUGGAAGGGUUUGGGGCUUUAACACCAGCUGGCAGAAGAUCUGACUCAAGCACUCCCCCCGCCAGUCCCCUCCACUCCAGCUCCAUCGUUUCCCUGGUGGAAUCAUUUCACAGCCUCCAGCCUCAUGCAGGCAACGAACCCAGAGUGGAACUUGUUGCUGGUGCCAACUUCUUCAAAGUCCCAUUAAGCUUGCAGCCGGAUGUGGACAUCCACCUGGAUUUGGGGAACUGCUAUGAUGUCCUGUGCAUGGCCAAGAAGCAGAAACUGGACAGUCUCCAGGAGGCAGCGUAUAAGGUCAUGAGCGACAAUUACCUCCAGGUCCUGAAGAACCCGUCUAUCUUCGGGCGCCUCAAUGCCAGGGAGAGGGAGCUGAUCCUCCUGAGGAGGAUGAAGGGCAGGAAGUACGUCACCGUGGCAGACGUCAGCACGCAGGAGCAGAGCUUGCACACCAGCAGGCUCUGUUACUACGAUAACGAAGGCGACGUCUGGCAUCCCCUGUCCUAUAUGCCGGUGGAGGCGGUUUCUAGGGGCUGCGCCGUCUGCAGCAUGUUCAAUUACCUCUUUGUGGUGGCUGGCUGCGAAGGGCUGGGCCAGCGCCAGAAGCCUUCCAACAGGGUUUUCUGCUACAACCCCCUGACCAGUAUUUGGCAGGAGAUCUGCCCACUGAACCAAGCCAGGCCUCACUGCAAGCUUGUCGCCUUGGAUGGAUACCUGUAUGCGAUCGGGGGAGAGUGCCUCUAUACGGUGGAAAAGUAUGACCCCCGCCAGGACCGGUGGACCUUCGCCGCGCCGCUGCCCAAUGACACCUUCGCCGUCGCCCACACCGCGACGGCGUGCGGCGGGGAGAUUUACGUGACCGGGGGCACGCUGCGCUACAUGUUGCUCCGGUACGUCAGCCGGUCGGACAGCUGGAAGGUCAGCAUCACCAGCGGGAGCAAGGACCGGACCACCGAAAUGGUCACCGCCGGUGGCUUCAUCUACCGCUUUGACCUCAACCGCAGCAUGGGCAUCAGCGUCUACCGCUGCAGCCCGAAAGCCAAGCUGUGGUACGAGUGUGCCACCAAACGCAUGCCCUUCCCACCCUGCUUCCAGUGUGCCGUGGUGGAGAACCUGGUCUAUUGCAUCAGCCGCCAGUUCAACAUCAGGUUCCUGGCGGACCACAUCUCGCCACGCUUCGGAGUCAAGGAGUUACAGCUGUUCCCUUCCCCCCGAGGGACCCUCCUCCCCGUCGUCCUGGCACUGCCAGACAGAGGCACGGUGCAAACAAGGGUCUGAUGGGAAGCUAAAAAAAACCCUGAUUCUUCUCUUUUCUUUUGUCCUGGGCUCAAGGACCAAAGGCAGCUCCCAGAGCCUGAACCACAGAACUCAGCACCUGGUCAAAUCCAGACUUCCCUGAAGUCCAGGGAUAUUCACUUCCACGGUUCUAAUUCAGCCCAUUAUAGAGAUGAUCCAACUGUGGCAUUAGGAUCUAGACUUGGGGGGAGGGCUUCUAUCCUUGGUUCUAGCCCUUCUCUAACUAAAAAGCAGGAGGAACAAAACUGGCUAACUGUAUAUUUCCAUUGCUGGCAAACGCCUCCCACUAGCAGUUCCAGUUCAGCGGCCACAGAAAAUGCAAACAGUGGGUUGGGUGGGUGCAUUUUUGGGGGGGGGAUAUUUAAAUGCCUGUAAACGUUGGUGCAAAUUAAAUGCAAGCCUCAGGCUCCUGGGAAGUUGCCAAAGUGGCCGUGGGUGGAGCAAAGUUUGGGACACCGCUGUAAAGUAAUUUCCCACUGUGCCUGGUGCGAUGCAUCGCUACGUCUUACAGGCAAGGGGUGUUUCUUAGGUACCAGAAAGACAGCUGCAAGGGGAAGCUCCCUGGAGGUUUUUCGAGUGUGCGGGUGGAGAUGGGGAAUCUGAAAGGGUCAGGAUCCAGACUGCAUCCUUUACACCAGUGCCAUGCCAAGGACUUCAGCUGCCUGGGAGGGCUAGAACUGAGGCAGGGUCCAGCCAUUGGCAUCAUCACCUAAAGCAAGCAGCUGAGCUGCGACCCCCAAGCCCCCGUGUGGGCAGCCCCAGUGGGGAGGUCAGGAGCUGAAUGCAGAGCCAGCUCAGGGCCAUGGCACAAGGGGGGGAGCGAGCCUUGUGUAUGCCCAGGCCAUGAUCAUUGAGAGAGUAAAGAGACAACUUCAGCCUCCGCCGGGCCUGCCGAGCCAGCGCUUUCCAACAGCACGAUACGUUUUUCAAAGGCUAGAGAGCUGGGCCGCUUCCAAAACUAGCCCCAAGGCCCAGCCCACACUGGAGGCAGUUGCGGUUUCCAUGGCAAAUGCCAGUGAGGAGAACUUUGCCCCAGCGACUGAGCCAAGCAUGGAGAUCAGCUCCCUGCUCUGGGCCCGGUUCACCGCUGUCCCGCAGGCCCUUUGCACUGGCUGUGAAAAGCAGCGGCGUGGCCCAGCCCCCCCGGCGCACAAGGCUUUCCUUACAGCUGUCUGUGCUCCCCGCUCCUCCUCCUCAGCCAGAGCUCCAGGUACAAGGGGCAGUCUGGGCACGUCGGGCGCGGCUGGGGGAAGGAGGGGCAUGUGGCUGGGGUGGGUUUCUGUCCUGGUGAUUCCCUGCCCACCAUAACGGGCAUAAGGCAACUGGGAGAAGUUAAGAAUUCAUCAGCAGGCACCUGAGGCCAAACCAACCCCUGGUAGUCACAGAAUCUGGGGGGACGUAUGGCCCUCAACUAGGGUGACCAGACAGCAAGUGUGAAAAAUCGGGACGGGGGUGGGGGGUAAUAGGAGCCUAUAUAAGACAAAGACCCCAAAAUCGGGACAGUCCCUAUAAAAUCAGGACACCUGGUCACUCUACCUCUCUUUAGCCCUUACCCCCAAUGCCUUCAUAUCUCAAACAGCCCUCUGCUGCAUAGGUUAUUAUCGCAAUAUCUCUAUAUUACAGUAGCACCCUAGAGUCUCCAGUCUGGAUCAGCCCCCAUGGAUGUACAGCCACAUAAGGCUAACUGUUGUGCUUUGGUCAAGUCAUUUAACCUCUUUGUGCCUCAGUUUUCCCCAGCUGUAAAAGCAGGAUAACGAUACUUAGCUACCUUACAGAGCAUUGCUAAGCUAAGUCAAGUCAGGGAAGAACAUGAAAGCCCUUCUGUGCAAGAUACUAUCUCUUUAUUGAUUUUAGGGAUGUCCAAAGCACCUCUUGCCUAGUUAUCUAACUGCUAUAGAAGUACAAAUGCUUGGUAUUAAAUAAAACUAACCAAGAUUGGGUUGUGCAUCUUUUAAAAUCUGUAAUGGAAGCUACAAGAAAGGAAAAGAACAGUAACAAUAUUCUGAAGUGAGGUAGCAAAUUGAAACAAGAAUGUCUUUGCAAAAAGUUUAAUAGGCACAACUGCCUUAAUAUCUGAUCCUGCAAAUGGAGCCAGUGCAGCUGUCUAUCGGUCAAGCAGGUGCUGUGGUAUAAGUGUGCCAAUUAUCUCAGCUCUGAUUGGCUCGGGGCAAAAGGGAUUGCACAAGUCUGCAUCUGCUUUUGAAGGAGGCACUGCAAGGUAAAAUCCUUUAACAAGAGCAAAGGAGCCCCUUAAUCUGAUGGCUGGGACCAAAGUGUAACCUUGCACCCCAUAAUACUUUAUAGAAAUAUGCUUAUGAAUGUAAAUAUGACAUAACUGGAAUAUGUUUUAUGCUAGAUAUGCCAUGUAACAUAUCUUUGCAAAGGUUAUGGUCUACUGAAUGUAUUCAUCCUAUUCGUAUGCAUGUAUCAUUUUUAUAUCUGAAGUUAUGAAUGUUGGCUCUAUGCUUGUAUUUAAAGUGUUUGCUGUAGCAAGCACCUAAGGCAGAUUUGAUCAACAUAGCGUGAAGGGGUUAUUCAAGUAAAUGGAAGUACUUGGGAAACAAUGGACCUUGGUGGAUGCCAAUCCACAUCUGAGCUUUCCUGGGAACGUCCCUAUAGGGAACUAAGUCAUGUAUGGACAUGUCACUUGCCCAUGUGACUCCAAAACGCCAUCUUGUAGAGGGGAUUUGACAUGGGGGAGGGAGAUGUUUAGACCCACAAGGGAAAACUAUAUAAAGCCUUGGGAGGCCUCUCCAUUUGGUCUUCAGCUGGCUCAAGAAAUAGCCUCUUCACCCCCAAAGGAUACCUGAAAGAAACUGGAACAACGGACAGUAACCAGAGGGGUGGGCAUGAUUGCUGGACCCAGACUAGAAGGAGGCUAGUCUGUAAAAGAAGCUUAUUGGAACUCCUCUGAGGGUGAGAUUUUAUCUGUAUUCAGUUUUCUUACUGUAUUAGGUUCAGACUUGCGUGUUUUA